UCUGGAGGCAAGGAGUCUCUGCUCUGUAAGCUGAGACCCAGGAGGAGGAGGGAUCUGCUGGACCCUGGGGGAGAAAGGGUUUAGCUGCCCAGGAGGAACGGAGAGAGGCAGAGCCUGGGCACCAUGGCCGGAUUCUCCACUCUUGGGCUCCUCUCCCUGUGUCAGUUUUUAGUCACAGCAUCGGCUCAGUCCCUUCAGAGAGUAGGACCACAAGGCCCUCCUGGACCACGAGGACCCCCUGGACCGUCUGGCAAGGACGGCAUUGAUGGAGAACCAGGCCCUCCUGGUUUGCCAGGCCCACCAGGGCCAAAAGGUGCACCAGGGAAGCCUGGAGCAGCUGGUGAAGCUGGAUUGCCUGGACUUCCUGGAGUGGAUGGUUUAACAGGAACUGAUGGCCCACCUGGCCCAAAUGGGCCUCCAGGAGACCGUGGUGCAUUAGGACCUGCUGGGCCACCUGGACCAGCUGGCAAAGGACUACCAGGACCUCCAGGGCCUCCAGGACCCAGUGGGCUCCCGGGUGGACAUGGAUUUCGGGGCCCUUCUGGACCUUUUGGUCUGCCAGGAUUCCCAGGACCUCCUGGACCACCUGGACGUCCUGGUCUUCCAGGCACCCUUCCCGACGGCGGUGGGGACCUUCAGUGCCCAGCUCUGUGCCCACCGGGUCCCCCAGGUCCCCCAGGAAUGCCAGGGUUCAAGGGACACACUGGUCACAAAGGGGAACCUGGUGAAAUAGGAAAACAAGGAGAGAAGGGUAACCCUGGCCCUCCUGGUCCUCCAGGCAUUCCAGGCAGUGUUGGCCUGCAGGGCCCGAGGGGACUGAGAGGCCUCCCUGGUCCAAUGGGUCCAGCUGGUGACAGAGGUGACAUUGGUUUCAGAGGCCCACCUGGAAUCCCAGGACCUCCAGGGAAAGCUGGAGAACAAGGAAGCAAAGGACCUCAGGGAUUCCGGGGGCCCAAAGGAGAUUCUGGUAAACCUGGACCAAAAGGAAACCCAGGGGCUCGUGGACUCAUAGGAGAACCUGGCAUUCCUGGCAAGGAUGGGCGGGAUGGAGCUCCUGGACUCGAUGGUGAGAAGGGUGAUGCAGCUCCAAUGGGUGCUCCUGGAGAGAAGGGGCCAAACGGACUUCCUGGACUGCCUGGAAGAGCAGGUAUUAAAGGCUCAAAGGGUGAACCAGGCAGUCCUGGAGAGAUGGGAGAGGCAGGUCCCUCAGGAGAGCCAGGCAUCCCUGGCGAUGUUGGUGUUCCUGGUGAGAGAGGGCUGCCGGGACCCAGAGGAGCAACUGGACCACUCGGUCUCCAAGGCCCUGUAGGAGCCCGUGGUGUCCGAGGUUUCCAGGGUCCCAAAGGUGCCAGUGGUGAACCUGGCCUUCCUGGUCCAACUGGAAUCCGUGGAGAGGCAGGUGACAGGGGUCCUAUUGGUGUUCCUGGUCCCAAAGGUAACCAGGGCAUUGCUGGAGCUGAUGGCCUCCCAGGUGACAAAGGAGAGCUGGGUCCCUUUGGUCCUCCUGGCCAAAAAGGAGAGCCAGGAAAAAGAGGAGAACUUGGUCCAAAAGGUGCCCAAGGACCUAAUGGGACAGCUGGAGCACCAGGAAUCCCAGGACAUCCGGGGCCCAUGGGCCAUCAGGGGGUGCAGGGUGUUCCUGGCAUCACAGGAAAACCUGGGCCUCCUGGCAAAGAGGCCAGUGAACAACAUAUCAGAGAACUCUGCGGGGAAAUGAUAAAUGAGCAAAUUGCACAGUUAGCUGCUAACCUGAGGAAGCCCUUGUCCCCUGGAAUGACGGGUCGGCCUGGACCAGCCGGGCCCCCAGGUCCUUCUGGAGCAACGGGAAGUGUUGGGCAUCCUGGUCCUCGUGGUCCCCCUGGAUACAGAGGGCCAACAGGAGAGCUGGGAGACCCUGGUCCCAGAGGUGACACUGGUGAAAAGGGAGAUAAAGGACCUGUUGGUCAAGGUAUCGAUGGGCCUGAUGGUGAUCAAGGACUUCAAGGACCACCUGGUGUGCCUGGAAUUACUAAAAAUGGCCGUGAUGGGGCUCAGGGAGAACCCGGCCUGCCAGGGGAUCCUGGUACUCCUGGUACUAUUGGGGCUCAGGGAACUCCAGGAAUAUGUGACACGUCGGCUUGCAUGGGAGCUGUUGCAGCAUCAAUUUCCAAAAAAUCAUAAACCAACAGUACAAGAAGUGAAG